AUGACAGCUAGCAAUGACAUCAUGAAGCUGUCAUGGUGUUUUGGUGACGUCAAGAAGUUUUACAGCACUGUACCGGUCUUUGAUAUUCAUCAUCUUAAACCCCGUGGUCACAAGAUUUAUGAAAGGUACUGUGCUUUCUUCAAGACGGAGGCUGUUAAAGUUUUUUGUCACAUCAUGCGGAAGGAAAGAAUGGAAAAUCUAACAACUACAAGAAAGAUUACAUGGAAAAAAGAUCGCGGUCAACAACGAAUAACAUUCGUGUUGUUUCUGUGUUAUUCGUUGAAUAUCACUACAUUUCAAUUUAUACAAAGUGUUAAAGAUCGGGUUUUGUGGAGGUCGAUGGUCGCCAAAUCCUGA